AUGCCGCCGACACUGAUUCUCAUCAGACACGCGCAAGCAGAGCAUAACACCAUACGUGAUCCAGCUCUCACCAAGCUCGGAUUCGGGGAGCAAUGCGACACACUCGCAAAACACUUGCAGAGCGAGCUGCCUCUAGCCCAGAAAAUCGAACUCAUCGUCGUGUCCCCCAUGAUGAGAACCAUUCAAACUGCCCAGAACAGUCUCGGAUGGUUAAUGGAGAAAGGCAUCCCCGUGAUUCUGAAAGCUGAGUUUCAGGAAAACUCUGACAAGCCGUGUGAUACUGGAUCAGCAAUCUCAGUAAUGGAGAAAAAAUGGCCCCAGUUCGACUGGUCCAGCGUCGACUCCAUCUACCCUGAGAACUCUGGUCUGUUUGAGUUCUCAAUGGAGGGCCUGAGGAAGCGUGGAGUCGCAGCACGGAAGUUCCUGAGGGACAGGCCGGAGAAAGUCAUCGCUGUGGUAUCGCAUGCUGGGUUCUUGCGUACCGGUCUCUGUCAAAGAGAAUUCGAUAAUGCCGACUAUCGGAUCUUCGACUUCAAACAAGAUAACGAUGAUCUGGAACUUGUCGAAUGGGAGAUGACAGAGCAGAAAGGUGGUGGGCUUGGAAAGAGCAAGAAAGGACAUUUUCCUCUAAAGGAGGGAGACGCCCCCGAACUCUCUGCGCGCGGGCCUGGAGAGGUUAUCAACGAGAGGCCAGUGAGCAAGCACUGA